GUGCGAUCGAACGGAGAGCCACGACAAGAAGAACGGUUUUUGAUAAAGCCCAAUUGAAGCAACAUGGUAAUGUAUUGUAGCGAGCCAGCUGCUGCGUGUUAUUGUGGCAUCCGUUAGUCCGCAAUAAUUGAACUACAAAGCUAGGAAAGCGUCCAACCCGGAUUUGUUUUUCGGAGGAAAGAGAGGCAUUUCGGCAACUUGAAGGAAUUGUUGGCUUGAACACGUGUGAAGUGACCGAACCGAGAUGGAAAUUUUAGAGAAAAAGUUGGAUGCUGCAAGUUUUCAGAAACAUGUAGUCAAUAAAAUAAGCGACGAGUCGUUGAUGCAUUUGAAUGAUGAAGAUCUCUUGGAGAUUGGUAUUUACGAGAAAGGUCCACGGAAGCUGAUUUUAACAUAUAUUGAGCAAAACCAAGGUGAAAGCAGUAUGAUCGAGAACAUCCCAGCUAACUUCCAAAAUACAAACAAUUCAGAAGAGACCAUUCGUUCCAUUCUUACGAAAGAACCUAAAUUCAUAAAAGUACUUACUCGUCAGCUUGACAACCAAGUCGUACCAGCAAUUAAAAAUCUACGGCAUAUGAAUCGUAUUUUAACGAACCACUAUUUUGAACGUAGAAUAAUCAGAGAACAAAGAUAUCCGUCGUGGCAAGAAAAACAGGAAUUGGCUGAACGUAUUAUUGAUGAAUUUCCACAUCUUGAGAAAACAAGGAUGAGUGCUGAUGCGCCAAGAGAAUCCUUCUUUUUCUGGCGAUACGGAGGCAACGGAAAAGGAUCUCAUGCUGGACUAAUAGAAACACGAGUGGCAAACAUGAGAAAGGAUGUUCCUUCAGAUGAACGUUUGUUUCAGAGGCAAAAAAAAGUGAAAAUUGUACUACCAGAUGGGAUUCAUGAAAUGGCAGCAAAAUUAGCAGCUCUAACUGGAAAUGCUCAAAAUGGAAAACUGGUUUCAGGUGGAAUGGAACAGUGCUUCUUACUUCAUCAGUAUUUAUUACAGGAGGGUGGAGACAACAUGGUUCAGGAAAUAAUGACAACUUUUCCACAUCUUCUCGGUUAUGAUGGAGUGAUGAUUCAACAAGCUUACGAACGUCUACAUACAAAUUAUAACGCACAGGCCAACAUCGAAGAAUUCUUGUCGAUUGGAUUGCUUAUGGAUCAAGGCGGUUGGAACAAUAUCACCGAUAAGUACGUUCGAGGCGCAUUGAGAAUAAUCAAAAAACUUACCAGUCGGGGCAUAAAACGAAGUUCGAAUGAUGAAUUCAUGACAAUGGAGGAAAUUAUGGCUUUGCCGUUGAUUAGAUGGAUGAAACCCGAUCCCGAAAAAACUGACCUUCAGGUUGUCCAAGUAGCCAACAUCACCAUGGUGGAUAAAGAUCCCCACAUAAUUUGUGUAGCGGAACAAUGCAACGAAGGAAAUCUUUUUAUUGUAUUCAGGGGUAACACUAUCGCCUGCGAUCGAUCUUCGUCGAGGGCCAUUGAUGUUUGA